AUGAUGAACCCACAAUAUCUGCCGCCUGGACAAAAUAACAAUGCCCCUUCCAAUCCCCUGGGCUUCCCACCAACGUCGCAAGACUACAAUGGAGUACAGAAUGCCAACAUCUAUGGCCAAAUGCCACCAAAUGGUCCACAAAUGCCUAUGAAGCAGUUUGACUCUACUGAGAUAUCAAACAAAAUGCAAAAUAUGAACUUAAACGGACCACAAGGGAUACCUUCUUCUCAAUUGCCACCUGGACAGUUCCCACCUGGCAGCUUUCCACCUACAUCAAACUAUGGACCUAGUCAGCUACCUCCUAACAUGAGGCCACCGGUUUCUAUGGCAGGAAGGCCACAAGGAAGCGAAGCUUCUCAAUUACCACCUCAAAUGCAACCUCCCAUGUCUACUGCUUCUACUCAAGCCCAAGGAUUUGGACAAUUUCCUGGCAAGGAAGGGCAAUUUCAAGGACCACCUCAAGUUCAGAUGGUUCAAGGCCAACCUAAGCCAAUGAUAUCCCAAUCAGGCCCGCCACUGUCAGGGCAGCCUGGUGCUCCACCGCAAAUGUCACAGAUGCCUCCACAUUCCCAACCUGGGAUUCCACCUCAACCUGGUAUGAUGGGAAGACCCCCUAAUGGCCCUGAACAGGCAAAACCAUCACAAAUGGCUGGUUUCCAAGGAAUGCCUCUACCGACUAGUCAACCAGGAUUACAAAACCAGCAAGGAUUAACACCAGGUCAGACAGGAUUAUCUCCGAAUCAAUCAGGUCCUAGUUUGCAAUUGCAGCAGAAUUUGCAGCCUCCGCAAAUGCGUCAGCCGGGUGGGCCACCAACUGGAUUUGAUUAUCAAAGACAACCUCGGGGCCCAAUGUCUGGAAUGCCCCCGCAGCAUGGUCCUAUGCCUGGACAGAUGGGACCUCAAGUGCCUCUUGGUCCACCCAAUUCACAAGCUGGUCUUCCUCCGCAACCUAGUAUGCCACCGCAGCAAGUUCCAUCUUCGCAGUCACAGUUCCCUUCCAUGCCUGGCUUACCUCAUAUGCCACCACCACUGUCUCAAGCUAGACCUCCCUCUGGGUUUGGGCCACCCGGACAGUCUGCCCAACCACCUAGCUCUUAUGGAGCAAUGCCACCAAUGCAGCCUCCAAUACCAGGACAAGCACCUAGGUCUGGUCAACAAACAAUGUCAGGCCAACCACUAAUGCCUGGCCAACCUCCAAUGCCUGGCCAACACCCGAUGCCUGCCCAGCCUCCAAUCCAGGCCAACCCCCAAUGCCUGGCCAACAUCCAAUGCAUAGCCAACCGCCUAUGCCUGGCCAACCACCAAUGCCUGGCUAUGCCAAAAGACGAAAAUGGAAAGAGCUACACACGUGUAGGUUUCAUCACCUACAGUUCUACAGUUCACUUCUACAAUAUAAAGGGUACACUGGCGCAGCCUCAGAUGUUGUCAGUGGGCGACGUGUCUGACGUGUUCGUGCCGCUGCUGGACGGGUUCCUGUCACCGGCGGAGCAGAGCGGGCCAGUGCUGCAGCAGCUGUUGCAGCAGCUGCCCAACAUGUUCCAUGACAAUAAGGAGACGGAAACGAUACUGUUACCAGCUGUACAGGCUGGUCUAGAAGCGUUGAAAGCUGCGGAUACUUCAGGCCAGCUGCUUGUGUUCCACACUUCCCUGCCCACUUACAACGCGCCAGGGAAACUUAUCAAUAGAGAGGACAGGAAACUGCUGGGAACUGAUAAGGAGAAACAGAUACUCAUGCCGCAGACGACGGCGUACAACGAGACGGGUCAGGCGUGCAGCGCGGCGGGCGUCUGCGUGGAGCUGUUCGUGUGCAACAACGCGUACGUGGACGCCGCCACCAUCGGACAGCUGCCGCGACUCACCGGCGGACAGAUGCACAAAUAUACAUACUUUACUGCGGAGACGGACGGGGAGCGGCUGGCGUGGGACGUGCGGCGCGUCGUGUCGCGCCCCACUGCGCACGACGCGGUGAUGCGCGUGCGCACCUCCACC